AAUGAGAGUAAAGUGCGUGGGAUCGAUGCUGGAGCUGUGUUCAGGAGAAGGUCUUUUUCUGUGGUUUGGGUUAGAUCGGUUGUUUCCUCCUCACACACUGAGAGUUGUCCGUGGGUCCCUGAAGGCAUCUUCUGGGACCUGUAACAACUUUUGGAGCAGAGGCGUCUGAGAGGGAAGAAAGGGCACCAGGAGAGGACAGCAGGAGAAAUACAAAAAUCAAAGACGAGCACUGAUGCAAAAAGAAGCUGAAGGGAUAACAGAGUCUUCCCACAUCUAACGGCAGCCAUGGUCUUCCUCCUAGUAUCCCUGACUGUGCUACAUCUGGCCACCUUGGCCAUGCUCCUCAUCUCCACCCUGGAGAAGUCCUGGUGGAUAUGGGCUGACUCAGAAAUCUCCGACCUCUGGUAUAACUGCUUCCAUGACAACUCCACAGAGACCUGGCUGUGCGCUGCUACAGACGAAAGCGACUGGCUGCAGUCGGUCCAGGCCCUCAUGGUUCUCUCUGUGGUCUUCUCCUCUAUCUCCUUCCUGGUUUUUCUGUGCCAGCUCCUCACCAUGUCUAAAGGAGGACUCUUCUACUUCACAGGCUUCUGUCAGGCCUUCGCAGGCUGCACAGACUUUGCCGCCUGCCUCAUCUUCACCUUCCGCAGAAAGGAGAUCCUAAAUGACACCAGAGACCUGAGCAAAGGACACUUUGGCUACUGCUUCAUCCUGGCGUGGCUGUGCGUCCCUCUGCUCCUGGUCAGCGGGGUCCUGUACGUCCACCUGCGCAAGAAGCAGUGAGAAGGGAAGAACACUCGUUAGGAGUCCCCUCACUUCAGUCACCACCCAGUUAAGAAUCAUGCAAGGACAUAAAAUGACUGAGAAGGAAAUACCUCUGUUUUCUUUCUGACUCAAGAUCCACCCUGUCGCGCUGCGCGGUAUGCGAGACAUCAUGUCAUCAUGAGGGCAUAUCAUUCAAGAACAGCUCAAGGAAAUUUACUGAACCUCAGUCAUGUCGUGAGAUAAAAUGUUGACAGAGAUCUAGAACCUAGAAUGAUACUCUCCUUAUGAAACUACAUUUAAAUUCAAUAGAGCCUGAUUUCAUUUUAUUGUUUUACUCACUCACAGAAAUAUCAAUGAA